AUGUCCCGGCGCAAGCAAGCCAAACCAAAGCACCUCAAGUCGGAGGAGAAGGAGGAGGCAGCAGCAGCGGCACGGAGCGGACUCCUCUGCACCAAUGGUAGGUGUCCUGCAGCGACUUUUCCAGGGUUUACAGCAGCUGCAAAAAACUGUCUUCGAGUUUAGUUUUUAAAAUUGAGUUUUGACUGAAAAUAAGAGGAAUACUCAAAGGCUGAGAUACUAGAAAAUCGGCACUUUUUCACAGAUUACGCCAAGUUUUAAAGGUUAGUUUUCCUCGCCUUUGCAUCAGAACUUUUACUUUUGAAGUCAGUCCAAACCACGUUUUUCAACAAGACACAAACUAAUUUAAAUAAAUGAUUUGGUGCAAGGAUUAAAAUAAACAGUAGUUUAUUUUUAUGUUAGGUCUUAAGAGUCAGUGGAAGAAGCUCUUACAGAUUUAUAAAAUGAAGAUAACGUCGAUUUAAGCGACUGGAAAUCUCAUGAAUGAAAACAAACGCAAAGAACUGGCAACUUUUUUUAUUUGUCACUUUACAAGUAAAGUUUAAGUGUGCUGAGUUUAGACAAGGCCUGCUGGAUUACUACACUACAGACUGAACUCAUACAGAUUUAAUUUGUGAGGGGCUUUUCUUCAACUCUUAGAGGUUUCACAUUUAUGAUGAAAUAAAAAAAUAUAAAUGUAAAUGAUAGAAAUUUAAUCUUUAAACUUGUGUAUUCAACUGCUGUACUUAAUUCACGUGGCCUCUCUUCUACAAUUCAGUUUUUAAAAUUAUGUCAGAAACCAAAAGAAAUGAGAUAAAAUUAAAAACAAAAAUGAAAAGCCUUGUGGUCAUUAUUCGUUCAUCACACGGCCAGCAUAUGUUACAGCAGCCUUUAGUAUUUCUAUUAUUACUUUUAAAAUAAUUUCCUUCAUGUGUAUGCAAAAGUCAGUCUAAAUGAGAUUUAAAACCUUUGAGUUUUCAUUAACAAAUUGAUUUUGUAACUAAAAAAUGACCCUUUGAAAAUUAGAUGUUGAAUUUGUGUUUCACUGAAGCUGGAUGAAAAUCGACUGGCUCUUGGCCUGCGCUCUUCACCUCCAGGCCUUAAAAGUUGUUUUUAAAAUCAGCUGUAAGCUUAAUUCAUUAAAUAUAGAAUCACUCAUUUAAUUUUUACGUACGUUUAUAUUUACUUUUUGCUGUUCCAGCUGAAAGGCCUGCACAGACUGAGUCAGCUCACGCUUUUGUUAAAUGAUCCCAGUUGUUGUUGUGAUGUACUUUCCCUUACAGGAUUUGCCUCUUUGUCGUUAUUAUUUGUGUUAUUAUUAUUAUUGUCGAGUGUUGACCAGGCCCUCCCUCAGCCCUGCAGCCGGUCAGGGGGGUUUCACCACUUUGAUUGAGCCUGCUGACUUAACCUUUGUCAGGCUCACCCUGCGAGGGGCAAGUGCUCCACGUCUGGAUCAUAAUACAAUUAGUACAUCUGAUCCCGAGACCUCUGCAGCCCAGAGGUCACGCAGAGAGUCAAAGAGGCAGCGGCGGCGCGCUGAGAGUCUGUUUGCUUUUCUGAUUUUUCUUUUUCUCUACUCAUCGCCAAACUACACAGAAAGACACAGACAUAAAUCUGCUUUCUGCCCCUGACAUCGUGGAUGGAGUUAGCCUGACAUUUCAAAAUAAACUCUUGUUAAUGUUAUUGUAUUUGGAAAAAUAUCCACAGCUUUAAACCCAAACUGAUCUUUUUCUUUGUUUUUCCUGGAAGUAAAUGAUACAAAGUGCAGACAAACUCCUGAGUUACAACAGUAAAAGUUUUUUUUUUUGUGCUUGUGUUUGCUGGAUUGCCCUGGAGAUCCACAGACCACCCACUGAGUGAGCCAACCACUCUGAAUAUUCACUGAGCAGUUUGACUCUUGUGUCGAUUUCAAUCACUCGAUCAUGGAUGAUGCACUCUUGUACGCUGGGAAAAAUGUAAAAUUUGACUUUUUAAAUCUCUGAAUUAAGAAUUUUUAACAUGAAUGUUGUUAAACCGCAGAAUACUAAAUUAGAGAUUACUCGUUUGUUUCUAGUUUAUAUUUAAACACACACACACUAGAAAUCUCACAGUGGGAUUUUGUCUGUCAGGUGGCAGAGCAUGAUGAACAUGCAUACACACAUUUGGCUUAAACAUAUAUACGAGUUAUUUCAGCACAAACACACACACUGCUUUACAGCGAAGGUGCUGCACAUAUGUAGGCCACACACACACACACACUCACUCACACACACACACACACACACACACACACACACACACACACACACACUUGAGUGUCCUUUUGUUAAAACAAGAAACAGUGAAAUUCUCAAAUAAAAUAAUUCAACUGUCUUAUCUUGACCUCGUAAUAAACAGCACUUUUUUUCCUGCCGUUUUCAAUUGCUUAAAAAUUCUUAAAUUGUUGCCUGAGUGUAUGAAACAAUAAUUCACUAUUGAUUUCCCCAAAUCUUUCCAUCUGCUGUCGCUGGCUGUUUCCUAAUGGGGCAAAGCCUGAACAGAUGCAACGCUGAUUCUAGUGUGUAAAAUCUUUGUUCUGAAAAUGUGACGAAUCAGCUGCUGAAAGAGGAACAAAAGGAAAUUAAAACAUGAAUAGAGCUUCGUCAAACACGAGUGAAACUGUUAUACGUUAGACGCAGGACAUGUGCUGCUGGACACAGAUUAUACAGUCUGUGUGUGUUUAUUUAAAAAUAGGUUGACAGGUGCCAAACAAGCGAGGACCAGCAGGAUGUUGAGGGUCUUUGAUUUCUCUGUAGUUUCCUCUGCUCUUCUUUUAAAUUAGAGCUUGUAAGAAAAAAAUGAAAGACUUAAUACAGGACAAGACACAUUUAUUUCCUGUGAUGGAAACAUUAUUGUGCUGAGAAACAUUACAGGUAAAGUCGGUGUAUGAAUUUAUGAAAAUGUUUUUCAGAGAGCUUGGAAUAACAAAAUUAGACUUCAAACAGAGACAUAUGUGCACAGUGUUAUCUUCAGCUUACUUCAACCCACUUAACCUUUACAACCAGGAUUUAUAACUGUAAAAAUAUUAUUUUACAGUGUUGUAGAGAGAAGUGAUUGACAGCUCAAAUGUAUUCAUUAUUGGAAAAAUCAAUACUCGGUAUAGGGUUUCGUUAUCUGUAUGAAUGCUCAAUUUAGAGGUUAGAUAACUUCACUGAUUUUAAGAGGUUUUUAUUUUAUUUUCAAGAUUAUAAACAUGUGAAAACAGGGAGAGGAAGGUUUGUUAAAGUGUGUCCUGGAGGCGGUAACUCAAAAUGAAAAUGUAUCUAGUUUUCCUCACAAUCAUUUCAGCUGUAAAAACUAAAAUAUUACAGCUGAUAUAAAUUGGAGGAUAUAAUUAAAACAUUUACUAUGUGAUGUUUUUAUUCGGCUAACCAGACAGAUCUGGGAUAUUUAGUUUUGUGUUAAAUCAUAACUUUUCUUCUCGUAAUUUGAAAAUUUCAUUCUGCUUAACUUUUUGUUUUCCUUUGGAGGGUCUGAAAAAAACGCCCAUCUUCAAAACUUUUCAGGAUGUUUGGACUGUGCUGUGUGUUUGAUUUCACUUCAGUGUUUCAAGAAAUUCUAUGUGGAUGAAAAACUUCAAUUCUGCAUCCUAAAUCUGUCUUUUUUUCCCCCGAAUUUUCAGGCUUCGUAGAGGGAACUGAAAGAAAGGAGACGGAUGGAGGCGGCAGUGAGGAAACACACAUCUGUGACAAAUGCUGUGCCGAGUUCUUCACAUGGACUGAACUGAGCAAACAUCAGAAAGUCUGCACCGAGGCUUCUUUAGUGUUGAUAGUAAAGGACAAUGACAAUGGGAUGCCAGUUCCUGAGGCAUCUCCUGUUGGACCCUCUCCAGUUCCCAGUGUGGCGUCCAGUGACUCGUCUGCAGCAGAGUUUGUAGACGCUGGCUUUGAGCUGGGAGAGACUCUGGUGAACGACAACGACAGUCUGGAUGUUUUAGAGGAAGGGAUCGAUCGGGAUGAAGUCAUGGAGUUUGAGCAUCGCCCACAGGAUGACUACACCACAACCUCCAGCCCGCCGCCUCCGGAUUCAGCCGAGGCCACUUCCCCCCAGAUGUCGGGUGCUGGCAGCUACGGCAUGCCGAGCACAAACGUGACGCUGGAAAUCCUUCAAAGCACGAGGGUGGCCGUCGCCCAGUUCUCCCAAGGGAUCAAUAUCUGUGGUACUGGAGGGAAGGCAGCUUCAGCAGCCAUCCCAGUGAUCCUGGAGCACCUGCUGGCUCUGCAGCAACAACAGGUCCACCAGCUGCAGCUUAUCGAGCAGAUCUGCAGCCAGGUCGCCGUCAUGAACAGGCAACCGACACAAGCAGCAUUGAACCCGGUGUCCAGGUCCCUGUCUCUGACGUCCAACCCUUUCCCUUCUCAAGGCAUCAUCCCUCCUCCCAUCCUGCCUCUGUCAGGAACAAUGCCCUCAUCCAUCAACGGACAGGCUGCUGUCUCUAUGUCUUCUGGACUUGAAAAGACACCAAAUCUCCAAACACAAACUGUAUCUGGACAAUCUUCUUUCAGAGAUGUAACCUGUACCUCAGCCUCCUCAACCCCGCCUCUCUCCAGCAGCAGCAGCAUCUCCACAUUACUUCCUCCCUACACAGGCUCGCACACCAGCAGCAUUAGCAGCACUCAGACACUAAGCUCCUCCAGCCCCCUUCCCCUGGGACAGAGCAGCCUCCUCAGCUCGUCCUCCAGCCUGCCAUUUCUACCUCAGAGCCCCCCUAGCAGCGUCAUCUUCCCCAAUCCCUUGGCUAGCAUCGCUGCCACAGCCAAUGCACUUGACCCUCUUGCAGCCCUGAUGAAGCACAGGAAAGGGAAACUGCCAAACGUGUCCUUGUUCGAGACGAAGCCUAGCCCAGAGGAGCCAUUCUUUAAGCAUAAAUGCAGGUUCUGUGCCAAAGUGUUUGGCAGCGACAGCGCUCUGCAGAUCCACCUGCGCUCCCAUACAGGAGAGCGGCCCUUCAAAUGCAACAUCUGCGGCAAUCGCUUCUCCACAAAAGGGAACUUGAAGGUGCACUUCCAGAGGCACAAAGAGAAGUAUCCUCAUGUCCAGAUGAACCCCUACCCAGUGCCAGAAUAUCUUGACAACGUGCCAACAAGUUCUGGGAUUCCCUACGGUAUGUCUAUCCCUCCAGAAAAACCUGGCUCCUCAUGGCUGGAUAGCAAACCUGUUGGUGCAACUUUACCGGCCUCUAUUGGGCUUCCUCUGUCCUCCACUAUUACAAGUAUUGGAGGCUCGAAUGACCCUGUAAGUGUAACCCCAUCCAUUAAAUCUCCCUUCCAGACAGCUCCUUUUGAAUGUGUAUCUUUGUCACCUAACCACAGAGGCAGUGAGGCUCAUUUUUCUCCCAUUUCAGAGUCUUCACAGUCUAACCGUGAGACAGAAGCAUCCAAUAUACUAAAAUCAGAAGAAAUACACUUGCCCCAAACCUGCUCCGUAAGACAAAGAGCCAACCCAGCAACUGAAGCAACCAGCACUAUGAUCCCGUCCGUGGCUACCACCCCUGAACCUGUUGCCUCAGCAUCCCCUGUCUCCGACUCGCCCUCUGUUUCAAUCCACUCAGACGAUACAAAACUCCAAACCUGUGGCCUCCUGGACGCUAUGCAAACAUCUGAGACCUCAAAGCUUCAGCAGCUGGUGGAGAACAUCGACAAAAAGAUCACAGACCCCAAUCAAUGCGUCCUGUGUCAUCGUGUCCUCAGCUGCCAGAGUGCGCUGAAGAUGCACUACCGUAUUCACACCGGGGAAAGGCCCUUCAAGUGUAAAGUUUGUGGGAGGGCCUUCACUACCAAAGGGAACCUGAAGGCCCACAUCGGUGUUCACAGAGAGAAUCCCCCAGUUCAGGUGCAACACUCGUGCCCCAUUUGCCAGAAAAAGUUCACAAACGCCGUGGUUCUUCAGCAGCACAUCCGCAUGCACAUGGUAGGGCAGAUCCCAGACUCCACCAUGGUGGACGGGCUGCAGGAGAUGGACAAUGAGAGGAACUUUGACAGCCUCAGCAGCAAUAGCAAUGAUUUUACAGAUGAUGUUUCCAUGGAAGACGUAAAUGAGGAGGAGGAAGACGUGGAAAAUAUGGAGGAAGGUGUAAACCAAUCCAAACUCUCGAUCUCAGACUGCAAUUCCCCCUUAAAGUCCUCCUCGGUUUCCUCAAGUAUAGCUGCCCUUGAGAACCAAAUGAGGAUGAUUGACUCUACGGUAACUCUGAACCACUCCUUUGGUUUACAAUCCCUAACAAAUGGUUUUACUGACAGCAUCAAGUGUGCUUUACCCGAGAAAAGGACAGAGAUCUUCGGCGCAAACAGCUCAAACAUGUCCGAGUCGUCCUGUUCAUCUCCGAUUGAAAGCAACUCCGAUCAACCAAGCACAACAAUCAAAUCACCCGCUGAGAACAAGACCAGGCCAGAGUCCCAAGAGCUUUUGGCAGCCUCAGUGAAGAGAGAGCAAUCUGAGUCUCCUACCUCUGCAUCAGGAGCUGCAGAGGCCCAAGAGCUGAGGGGAAUUCAGGCCAGCAAGCCAAGUGUGAAAGAGGAGACUCCUUAUAGCAUGUCAUUCUCGCUGAGCAGAGACAGAGGUACGUUUGCAGCUCUUGGGUUUUUUUUCAAGAGUCGUUUCUUUGUUGGAAAAUCAAAUGAUCUCUUCUGCAAUUUCUUUUCCUGCUCCAGGUCAGAGCAUCCCCAGUCUGAUAACCAGCCCACCACCCAGCAUGAUAAAAACCGAGCUCAACGGUCACAGUCAACCGAACAACCCAUCCGAAGGGCAGCACCCGCUAUUUGGUGUCCACAUCCCUCCGACUUACGCGCCAGUCGGCAGCCCGGGAAUGACCUCCCUGCUUGGCCCCGUUCCCCCUCGGCGAACACCCAAGCAGCACAAUUGCAACGUCUGUGGGAAGAACUUCUCAUCGGCCAGCGCCCUGCAGAUCCACGAGCGAACACACACUGGAGAGAAACCGUUUGUCUGCUCCAUCUGCGGCAGAGCUUUCACCACCAAAGGCAAUCUGAAGGUAGAUAAAGUUAUUUCUCUUGGCGUAACAACGUAUGUCAUUAACAGGCAAUUUAGAUUCAAGUUGUAGUGUGCUCUUUGUGUUGACUGACAAGUGAGACCACGCUUCAUGGGAUAGUUUUUCAGUGUCAUGGGAAACGUUUUCACACCCUCCCUCAUCACAUAAAUGAGCUCUGUGCUUUUUCAUGGAAGGCCCAGAACAAAAAGAGAAAGUGAAGCCAGUUUGUAAAAUGGAAAAUACCUGCUGAAAUAUAAAACAUACUCUGUUUGUCAUGUACAAACUCUUGCAACAGCAAAUUCUAUUUCACAAGAAAUAGAAAAAAAUCAAAUGAAAAGAAGGACAAGAGGGAGAAUUCAUUCAGCACUUGAUGAAACAACAUUUCCUCUAAGAAAUACAGCUCUCUGUGUCUCCAACUAUUCUUUUUUAUUCUGGUGUGAAAAUAGGAAAAAUACAGGAAAUCCUACAUGUCUAGCAGGCUGCCACAAAUGACUUUAGCUUUUAAAAAACAAUUUUUUACCCAUUAUUGUCCUGAUUGUUUUCUGAUUUAUUUAAGCACUUGGGAUCUGUCAAAACUAAAACCCUUACUUUCAACCUACAAAAGAAAACCUUAACAUUUCAGAGGCUUAAACUGGCAUCUGUCAUGAAUUUUUAAUGAGUUCUUGAGUACAUAACUAUCAAAACUCUCACUAGAGCUUCAGUACAGUAAAAUCUUGUCAACUUAUUUGGACUCAGGUGUAUCGUUGUGAGAGUUUAGUCCAUUCUGUCGGUUUCUUCUGUUUGUAAAACAGCUUGAAAAUAAAGGCUUUGAAAAAUCUAACAUCUCACAUACCAUUUCCAGGUUCAUAUGGGAACCCACAUGUGGAACAAUGCACCGGCCAGGAGGGGCCGGCGGCUGUCGGUGGAGAACCCCAUGGCCCUGCUGGGUGGAGAGGCUGUGAAGUUUGGAGAAAUGUUUCAGAAGGACUUGGCAGCUCGAGCGAUGAACGUGGACCCCGGAUUUUGGAACCGAUACGCGACAGCUAUCGCUAACAGCCUGGCUACGAAAAACAACGAGAUCUCAGUGAUUCAGAAUAGAGGCAUCUCUCAGCUUCACCCUCUGACUGCAGGCAUGGACCGAGUGAGUGCUGCGGGGGGUCCAAUUAGCAGUCGAACCAAGACAAGCAUGGACCUCGGAAAUAAUAGACAUUUUUCUAUGCUUAUUGACGACAGCAAAGAAAUUGGAAUCAAUUGA